AUGUCAGAUGAAACUUUCAAGGACAGGUCAAAUGAGCAGCCUGAUUGUGAGCUGAAGCAAGCUUCUGGCACGCCGUAUGGCCUAGCCUGCAAUCCGUGCCGGAAAGCGAAACUGCGCUGUUCAAGAGAUAGGCCCAGUUGCCUACACUGUAGAAAGACAGGUAAAUGCAACCACGGCUCACCACAUGAAAGUGGACAUGCACGUGAGAGCUCAAGCAGGUCGUCAGCUUACAGCAUCUUGGCUCUAUUGGCCAAGGAACUGCCCAAGCUGACUGAUGGCUUAUCGAAUGGAGGAGUUGCCACGCCGUCAACAAACGAGGAGAGCAAUAAGAGGAGACGUCUAGCAGAAGACAACAUUGUUCUCAAUACAUUGGACUCAGAUGAAGUGCCUCCUCUACCCCAGGCUGAAAUGCUAGAGGCUAUCGUUGCAGCCUACUUUUCCCAUGUUCAUCCUUGGAUCCCGAUGAUUCAUCAGGCUAGGUUUCUUCAACGCUUCAGCAUAGAGCCGCAGCGUAGAAAGCUCUCAAUAGUCAUCCAAGCUAUGAUCCUAGCCGCUUCCAAAUUUGUACCUGGCUCACGAGGAGGUCACGUUGAACAAGCGCGCAGGUGGGUUGUCUGCACAGCUAUGGAGACUCUAUCACUUGAGAGCCUCCAAGCGCUGACUAUACUGGCUUUCGAUGAUAUUGGGAACGGACAAGCAUCAAAAGCCUGGGCCAUCAUCGGAUCAAUGACGCGUACCGUUGAAUACAUGGGCUUGGCACAGGAGCAAGAGGAUAGUGAGCUUCACCCUUUUUGCCAAGCAUACGCAUGCCUAGAGAAUACCGACGAUUGGACAGAAGAGGAAGAACGGCGGAGAGUCUUCUGGAAUGUUUUCCUCCUUGAUCGAUUCUGCUCGGUAACUAUGGGCUGGAGUACGAGUUUAACCUCUGAUGAUGUCUUUCGGAGACUUCCCUGCGAUGGUCACCUGUGGCGCAAGCAGAAUGCUGUCUUGACACCUUACUUCGGCAUUUGGGACAAGUCAAAAGGUCGCAUCGGCAACCCGAUCGGCUUUAUCUCACAGCCUAUAUCUCUGAUCGAUGAGCCAUCCGCCACUGAGACUGCGGCCCAUGGCCAGAUGAGAGGGACACCAUCAAUCGACAUGGGUCAAAACGGAGCGGCAGAUAUGUCCACGGUCGGUGCUUUUGCGUACAACAUCGAAGCAACCGAGUCUAUGAGUCGUGUAGUGAGCUAUUUUCUCCAACAAAAAGUCAAUGUUCGAAACCCAGGCGAGAUCAGCUCUUGGCUCACUCGAUUUAAAGAGCUAGAUCUUCGCUUGGUGCAUUGGAAGAUGCUGCUACCUCAGAAAUGGAAGGCCAAUCCUAACUUAACAAGACAGGUUCCCUUGAUGGACCCGAAUUUAACUACAGCUCAUGUCACACAUAACGCUUCGAUGAUACUGCUUCAUCAGCUCAUCGCUUAUCCACCUCCACACUGGGGCUUUCGAAACCGAUUACCUAGCACUUGCAGCGCAGAGGCUUGCUACACUGCUGGUACUGAGAUUGCAACCAUUACAGAGAAAUACCUCACAAAGUCGUCGCCUACAUCACCGGUUGGAUGCCAGUAUGCUUUCUGCCUGUUCGUUGCUGCCAGGGUACUUUUAGCUCAUUGGCGGUACACACGUGAGAACAACCUGGCGCCCGAGUUCUGGUCCAUCUUGCACAGCCUUGAGGAAAUGUCAAGGCGAUGGAUCGCCUUUUCCGGUCGAUUACAUUGCGAGGAGAACCUGUUCAGCCAGUAUCACCGUCGGCUAAGGAGAUUACAUGAGCGCUGCGCAGAAGAUGAAAACUUUCGACUUAACAUCAUGGACUAUACCAAGGAUAUCGAUGAUCGUCGUGGUACCAGUGAGCCGUCGCAAUCUUUUCGCACAUGGCCAAAUGUUGGGGUGACUCUGCCAUUGGACGACCUGGGCUUAUCCCUGCUGAGUCCGGAGUUCAACACCGACCCCAUGCUUGAUCAGGACUUUAUAGACAUGGAUCGUGUCAUUGCUUUCGAGGACGGCAGCAUGUUCACUUCGUCAUUCGAUCUUGGGGCUAAUGGGUGGUAA